AUGUUCGAUAUGAUAAGACCAGAUGACCGCAUUCUAGUCUGUCUUUCCGGUGGGAAAGACAGUCUUUCACUACUACAUUGCCUUGGGCAAUAUCGUUGCUUGAUGUCUCAUGGUUUCCGCGCUGGUGACCGAAUCGCUCGGCUUCAUCGUCUCGAAGCGGACAAGCACUCCCAAAAUUCCACUCACAUUUCCAGUUCUUCAUGUGAAGCCCGCAUUAGUGUCCCCACUUUUCUGUCCAUACAACCCGAACAUUCUGAAAAAGCGUCUUCUCUUUCGGAUGACUUUUCGUCAGAAAAUCAUGAAUCAAAACAAGUUAAUUAUAAAACACGACCUAAGGAGCAGAAGCUGAAAAAUUCCAAACAAUCUCAUCAGACCUUUAGCCUUGGAGCCGUUACUGUGGAUCCUGGCACUUCAUCAUACAAUCCACGCCCUCUCAUUCCUUAUCUCGCCGAACUAGGUGUACCCUACUUUUAUGAGGAACAAGGCAAGUAA